AUGGAGCCCACUAAACAAACCCUCCCAAUCGGUGGUCUCCUCGUCGACGUUUACUCCCACCCAACCUCAACCACUAGCUCCACACACCCCAUCCACGUGCUCUUCUUCCUCCACGGCCGCUUCGGAAGCGCACAAGAUGAAUACAUAAUCAAUGCUGUUAAAGUUAUUUUUGCUGAGAGUUAUGGAUUGGGCGGGGGAGAGAGGAAGAAAGAUCUUAUUGUCGUCACUUUUGAUCACAGGAACCACGGGCCGAGACUCGUGAGCAAGCAGCGAAAUUUCGCGUGGAGCAAAGAACCGGCCGAGAAUAAUGAUCAUCAUGCGGUAGACAUGUAUACCAUCCAAACCGGUACAGCACAAGACGUGUCCUUCUUAAUCGAUCACCUUCCUUCCUCCCUCUAUCCCUCGGGUGAGCGAACGAUUGUGGAAUGGGGUAUAGGCGGUGUGAGUCUUGGAGGUCAUUCGACGUGGAUUGCGCUUUCUAGAGAGCCCCGCCUCACCCUGGGAAUCCCCAUAAUCGGCUGUCCCGACUACACGAAACUAAUCUAUCAACGCGCCCAAUCCUCAAACAUCCCCAUCUCCCCACCUUACUUCCCCACUUCCUUUAUGACAUACGUAAAAAGGCACGACCCUGCACAACUGGCGUACCGCGCAAAAGACGCUUCCAAUCCGUUUUUCGGGAAGAAGGUGUUGGUGCUUUCGGGGAAGGAGGAUAAACUUGUGCCGUGGGUGGCAUCGGCCGAGUUUGUGGAGGGUCUUGAAGUUGGAGAGGGGGGUGUUAAGAGGGUUGUGGUGGAGGAGGGGGCGGGGCAUGAAUGUACGAGUGGGAUGCGGAGGGAGGCUGGGUUAUUUGUGAGGGAGUGGUUGAGGUUGUGA